UUCCGUUGCGUAAGCUUCCUACCGAAUCCAAGAAACCAAUAACCACCACUGGACUUCUUUUCCACAAGCGGCGGGGUUACAUUGCAUCGCCAUGGAUGGCAAUCCUUGGGACUGUGGUGCAGCAGGGAUCCUCCUCAACGGAGAGGCGAGGAACCACCGUAAUUGGUUGGGAACAUAUAUUCAUCGAGUCUGCUCAACCGGGGUGAUAGAGGACCAGCUUUUACAAGGCCGUAUUAUGCACGACUUAUAUGUGUCUAUUGAACCAUGGCUAACCAUCCCAAUUACUAGGAUAUGUCACUCAGGGCUUGGCCGUGGACUACGCGGGAUAUUUCAUGAUUUUCAUGCCCCGCCCGCAAACUAACUAGUUGUAUCUUACUCUGUGCUCAGCUUAGGACCAUUUCAAUAUUUUAAUGCUUACCAUGCUUCCCAAUUAAAUUAAUUGGAGCCUUUCACAAAGCGCUUGAUCACGGAAACGGCUGAUUCAUCUGGAAAUAUGGCAUCGCAGCUGGGUGCUCCCGUCACACUUCCACAGGCUCGCCGUCCCACUGCCGCGACGUCACUGACUGGCCGCACAGUCUCCUUGGUCCAUCUUGCCCCCAACCAUGCCGAGUCGCUCUUUGCUAAUGUGGGUGGGUCCAGGGAGCCGAAUGCCUCGGCCUGGACCUACAUGCUGGACGGGCCAUACCCUGAUCAUCUUGCGUUCCGGACCGCCAUCCAAGAGAAGUUCAACUCGGCGGAUCCGCUCUUUUUCGCCAUCAUCGGAAAGCCAGGAGGCAUGGCCGGCAAUUCGACGACCACGGCUGAUCAGGUUCUGGGGUACGUUGCCCUCAUGUGUAUCGAGCCCGAGCAUCUGCGCCUGGAGAUCGGACACGUGCUGUUUUCUCCCUCGAUGCAGCGCACCACUGCCGCCACCGAGGCUAUCUUUCUCCUUCUUAACCAUGCAUUUGAAACGCUGGGCUAUCGUCGGGUGGAGUGGAGAGCGAACGCGCUCAAUGAGCGGUCCCGUCGCGCAGCACUACGUUUCGGAUUCGUGUUCGAAGGUAUCUUUCGACAGCAUGAGAUCUGGAAAGGUAGAAACUGGGAUACGGUGUGGCUUUCUCUGUUGAAGGAUGAGUGGGAAGGAAAGCAUAUCAAAAAGUCCUUCGAGCUGUGGUUGCAACCGACCAAUUUUGAUAAGGACGGGCGACAGAAGAGAACAUUGGGUGAUAUUCGGGCAGAGCUAGCUCCUGGAUAGAAUGUCAAGAUAGCUUUGGCAUCCUUACUGUCAAUUCUGCUACCAUUUGCCCCAGUUGGUAAUCGUGUGGGAAUGGUUCUGGCAACCGGUCCUAUGCAAUCUAGUGAUGCAAAAAGCGAAUAGUAUAA